UGAUAGAUCGAAGCUUAGAAAAUGAAACAAUGGGUAGAUCGUUUCCUAUAAUUUCUCUUUCAACAAUAAUAUUAGUUAAUAAAGAAAUACUUUCAGACAUAGAAAGGCUAUCAUCCUCUCUAUGUCUUUUUAAUCCUCUCUCAUAUUCUAUAACCACUGCAAAUCACGGAAUUUUCAGGAUUCAAUCUGGAGUUUGUCAAUUGUUUCGUGAAUUUCUUUUAUCAAAGUCAUUUAUCGAAAUUCAUACUCCGAAGAUACUUGGUGCAUCUAGUGAAGGCGGUGCAAAUGUGUUCGAAAUAAAGUAUUUCAAAGGCAACGCAUAUUUGGCUCAAUCACCUCAAUUAUAUAAACAAAUGUGUAUUUGUUGCGACUUUGAACGUGUAUUUGAAAUUGCUCCUGUAUUUCGUGCCGAAGACUCCAACACACAUCGCCAUAUGACAGAGUUCGUCGGUCUUGAUUUGGAGAUGGCCUUUGAGGAGCAUUAUCAUGAAGUACUUGAUAUCCUCGAUGAACUAUUUGUUUUCAUUUUUGAUGGUUUAAAGACUAGGUUUGCUUCUGAAAUUGAGACGGUAAAACGACAAUAUCCAUCAGCGAACUUUGAAUACCUUCCAAAAACAUUAAGAUUGGAUUUUAAAGAGGCCGUUCAAUUAUUAAGAGAUCAUGAAAAACUUCUUGGCAAAUUGGUCAAAGAGAAAUACAACACCGAUUUUUAUAUGCUCGAUAAAUACCCAUUGGUAGUUCGCCCGUUUUAUACAAUGCCAGAUCCUAAUGAUCAGAACUAUUCAAAUUCUUACGACUUUUUCAUGCGUGGACAAGAAAUUCUUUCAGGUGCACAACGUGUUCACGAUCCUACAUUAUUAGAGGAGCGUGCCAAAGCACAUGGCAUCAAUUUACGUUCAAUUCAACCUUAUGUUGAUUCAUUUAAAAGAGGUGCGCCACCCCAUGCUGGCGGUGGUAUAGGUUUAGAACGAGUGGUGAUGCUUUACCUAAAUCUAGAUGACAUACGUAGAUGUUCAUUAUUCCCUCGUGAUCCAAAACGACUUGAACCCUAA